GAAUAGUUGUGCUAAAUGUCGGCCAUCUGAACCCUCUGACCCGGCAGUAAACAUGACGGCAGCGUGACGUGUUAGCACCACCAGAAGUAGCAGCCUCCCUGAAUGCCAAGCGUUGCCAUGGACGACCUGACCGCAGCCCUCUCAUGCAGCUUCGCUGUGUCCAAGGAGCCAAACAGCACAGCCGCUCCUCACCCUCGACUGGCUCAGUACAAGAGCAAGUACAGCGUUCUGGAGCAGAGCGAGCGGCGACGGCGUUUUCUUGACCUGCAGAAAACGAAAAGAUUAAACUAUGUCAAUCACGCACGACGCCUGGCUGAUGGGGACUGGACGGGGCCAGACAGCGACGGGGCGGACGACAUGGACAAACAGGAGGACGGGGAMCGGCAACAGGAAGAGGAAGAGGAGGGGAUGGAGGUAGAGAGGAGGAAGCUGCCCAAGCAUUAUGCAAACCAGCUCAUGCUGUCAGAGUGGCUGGUGGACGUCCCGCCAGAUCUGGACACCGACUGGCUGAUGGUGGUCUGUCCUGUGGGGAAAAGAUCUCUAAUUGUUGCCUCCAAGGGUUCCACCGCUGCGUACACUAAAAGCGGCUAUUGUGUGAGCCGCUUCCCCUCCCUGCUCCCCGGUGGGAACAGACACAACUCUGCCAUGGGAAAAGACUACACCAUCUUGGACUGCAUUUACAGCGAGGUGGACAGAACGUACUACAUCCUGGAUGUCAUGUGUUGGAGAGGACACCCGGUCUACGACUGCCCAACUGAGUUUCGCUUCUACUGGCUCCAGUCUAAGGUCCAGGAGACGGACGGCCUGUCGGAGAUCGCCAAACGCAACCCUUUCCGGUUYGUGAGUCUCCAAAGCACCGACUGCAGAGCCGAGUCCAUUCAGAAAGCACUGGCAGCCGAGUACAGCUUCGGUGUGGACGGACUUCUCUUCUACCAUCGGCAGACCCACUACACCCCCGGCAGCACCCCUCUGGUUGGCUGGCUUCGCCCCUACAUGGUGACAGACAUCCUGGGUAUGGAGGUUCCUGUWGGACCCCUCACUGCCAAGCCGGAGUACGCCGGCCAGCAGCUGCAGCAGAUCCUGGAACACAAACAAGCAUCCGUUGAGGUCCGCCCCGCCAACAGAAGCGGCGGCUAYGAGUUGGAGUACCUGUCCACUCCGAGCACGGACAGCAAGGAAGCCUUGAACUUCCUGAAUCAGAAGCCAAUAAAGGAGGCUAACAUGGAAAUGUGAGGGAGUGGAAAAGCGACGCGAGUGGAAAACCGACGCGUAGGUUUUCUACGUGUCAGCAGCACACGGGAAGCUCUUUAGAAAACUCUGCUCAAGGACCAAUCACAACGCGUGACUAAUUUUAAUCCGGCACAUCUCUGGACGCCCUCAGAGUGCAGAUUAGCGGUGCCAUGCUACACGUUGACCUUCAAACCAUCAAAACACAACUAGGAACAGACGACGGAGACACAAAAACGACAACCUCUGUUUGGCCAAGUUUCUUUCUGCUCUGUGCGUUCUCAUUGUGGAUACAGCCUGCAUGAAACAUCUCAUCUUUACCGUUUGUGGGUUUGCAGGUUUUCUGCAGCUGCUGUUCAUGCCUACUCAGCAGAAUACAGCAGCUUCAGCAGGUCAUUAGUUCAGCGCCAGUAGAGCAUGCUGAGCUGUCGGUGGAUGGUGAAGAGUCACCGACGACAUCCUGUCAGUGGCUGAUUAGCAUCUGUGAYGGAUUUUUAUAGUAGAAUGGUAAAGUUAAAAUGKUUUAAAGUGCACAUUUCAAAAUAAAUGCCUUUUUAUUGACAGUUUU